AUGUCAACUCCACCAAUUGCUUAUAGAUCAUCAAUAAAUAAUCAACAGAGUACACCAUCAUUUCCAUCACCAUUAUAUUAUCGUGAUACAUAUGGAUUACAAAAUAUUUAUGAUCAACAAUAUAGUGAAUCAAUGAUAACUGAUAAUUCAGAUGAUACAAUAACUACACGAUCUACAAUAAAAACAACAGUAAAUUUAGCUCAAGCGGGAAAUAUGUUUGAUUCGCAAACCUCAAGAGGAACAGGAAUGACACAAAGUUAUCAGAUAGAACAAAUUUUAACAAAUAGAAUAUUAAUAACUAAUGUUAAAACUCUUUUUACAAUAUCAUUAAUCGCUUUUGGUACAGCAAUACAAUUAUUAAUGUUUUCAACAAUAUGCCUUUUUUAUGAUGGAUCUCCAUACUAUUUAUCAAUGAUAUUCAGUAUCAUUUUUAUAUUAAAUGGAAUUAUAUUAAUAUACUUUAUUAUUCGUAGACCAUGUCGUUCUUUAAUGUAUAUAUCAAUAUUUACAUCAAUGUUAUGUAGUAUUUUAGCUAUUAUAUUAUUCUUUUGGACAGCAUAUCUUAUUUAUAAUGAAGACCGUCAAAUAAGAGAUCAGGGAUGGAAUUUUGCUCAAGCUAAUUUGCUUAAUAGUAAUAGAAUUGUUACCUAUACAAGAAUCGCAAUGUACAGUUUACACAUGCUAUUAUCACCUAUUGAAGCAAUAGCUUGUUUAACAUUAUUAUAUCAUUUAUAUAAUAAUAUGAAAAAAUUAAAGGAUGGCACAGUAAGAAGGGGUUAUUUUAUAAGUGAACCAAUUGGUCAUCAAACUGUACUUGUACCUAUUGAAUUAAAACAAGUUAGAAGAUUAGAAUUAAAUGAUGAUGAAACUGAGAAUGCUUCUAUUGGUGUACAAACUGGGAUAUAA